AAGAAAUUAAGAGAGCCCAGUAAUCAUACCCUUAAAUAUGAAUUAAACAGUUCAGUAAAGCAAUCUAUUGCUAAAUGGGUAUGAAAACAAAAUUUAAUAAGCUGUAUAUACAAGAAAUAGAUCUAAAAAAUAACCACAUACAGAAUGAAAUUAGAACAUAAUGUGCUAUGAAUACAUUAGAUAAUUCCCAAAAAGAAAGAUUAAAAUUACUCAUCAAGGAAUUUCGACACUGGAGAGUCAAAAUGCUAGUUUUUUGAAAUUUUCUCCUGUUCUUUUGUGGUUAGCAAACUAAGAAAAUUUCAAGAUGGUUACCUCAAUUUCCAGAGUUAACCCCAGGAAGUAAUCUAAUUAAUUAUUUCUUAACCUAUGAGCAAAUUGAUAUUUCAUGUAAAAUUGUCUUAUUGAGGGAGUGAAAUUUGUGAACUAAUUUAUGCCCAUGUUGAAUAUUGACUUUUAAGUUCCCUUGGAAAAUGGAAAGUUUCUUGAAGACUUGUCACAUCCUUCACAUAACUAUAGGAAUUUAGAUGAUUCAGUAUGUGCAGACUGGUCUAAAUGUUUUACUGAAGUUUAUAAUAGUCUAGUCAAUACCUAUAGCCAGUUGAAAAUUAUAUGACCCAUAAGUCAGUUUUCUGCUGAGAUUUCUUUACCCUUUGGAGUUUUGUUUUGUUUGCACAUUGCAUGAAAAGCAAAUUAAGUGUUUCUCUAAAAGUUUGUAUAUUCUGUUGCUUACCCUGAUCUUACAAUGUUCUAUUUUCUGGCAUUCGUUUUAAAGCAUAAGACAGGUCUGUUUUCUUGUUAAAUAUCUUUGUCUUUUUUAUUUUUUUAACAAUAUUUGAAACUUAGUUGGAUAUUUGACAUAGUAUGGGUUGUUUGUUUUCAGUAUCUGUCCAUUUCUCACCUGAAAAUGCAAGUCGUUUUGAUAUAACAAUCAUUUCUAUGACAACCAGUGAACUUUGGGGAAACCAAAAUCCUAUUUUCAUGUGGAUCUCUUUGGUAACAAGAUUGGUGGAGGAAUAUAGGAAAUUCAGUAAGUCAUUACUUGUACUGGUGAGGAGAUUUCACAUUAUACAGAGUUCCUAGUGGAGAAUGCAAUGGGAUCAAUAGCAUGUCUGUGGAGAGUGGCCCUGGGACAAGACUGAGAAAUUUACCAGUAAUGGGGGAUGGACUAGAAACUACACAAAUGUCUACAACGCAGGCCCAGGCCCAACCCCAACAAGGCAGCACUGCAGGCAGUAAUCCCCCACCCCCAGAGACUUCCAAUCCUAACAAACCCAAGAGACAAACUAACCAACUGCAAUAUCUGCUCAAAGUGGUGCUUAAGACGUUAUGGAAACAUCAGUUUGCGUGGCCUUUUCAACAGCCUGUGGAUGCAGUCAAGCUGAACCUCCCUGACUAUUAUAAGAUUAUUAAAACGCCUAUGGACAUGGGAACAAUCAAGAAGCGCCUGGAGAAUAACUACUACUGGAAUGCUCACGAAUGUAUCCAGGACUUUAACACGAUGUUUACAAAUUGUUACAUCUACAAUAAGCCAGGAGAUGACAUAGUCUUAAUGGCAGAAGCUCUAGAGAAGCUCUUCUUGCAGAAAAUCUCUGAAUUGCCCCCAGAAGAAACUGAAAUCGUAAUAGUCCAGGCAAAAGGAAGAGGACGUGGGAGGAAAGAAGCAGUGACAUCAAAACCUGGAGCCUCAGUGGUACCAAACACAACUCAAGCAUCAACCCCACCCCAAACACAGACCCCUCAGCAGAAUCUUCCGCCUGUACAAACGACUCAUUCCUUUCCUGCUGUAACCCCUGAUCUUAUCAUCCAGACUCCAGCAAUGACAGUGGUGCCUGCCCAGACACUUCAAACUCCACCACCCCCACCCCCACCCCCACCCCCACCACCCCCCCAGGUUCCUCAGCCAAUUCAGACACACCCACCCAUCAUUGCAACUGCCCCACAGCCUGUGAAGACAAAAAAAGGGGUGAAGAGGAAAGCAGAUACCACCACACCCACCACCAUUGACCCCAUUCAUGAAUCACCUUCACUGCCCACGGAACCCAAAUCUACAAAGCUGGGCCCCCGUCGGGAAAGUAGCCGCCCAGUAAAGCCUCCAAAGAAGGAUGUCCCAGAUUCCCAGCAACAUACAGUAGAGAAGAGUAAUAAAGUGUCAGAGCAAUUAAAAUAUUGCACUGGCAUCAUCAAGGAGAUGUUUGCCAAGAAACAUGCGGCCUAUGCUUGGCCAUUCUAUAAACCUGUGGAUGUAGAAGCUUUAGGCCUGCACGAUUAUUGUGAUAUUAUUAAGCACCCAAUGGACCUGAGCACAAUCAAAUCUAAACUGGAGACCCGGGAGUACAGAGAUGCUCAGGAAUUUGCUGCAGAUGUCCGAUUGAUGUUUUCUAAUUGUUACAAAUACAAUCCUCCUGACCAUGAGGUAGUAGCCAUGGCACGGAAACUUCAGGAUGUAUUUGAGAUGCGCUUUGCAAAGAUGCCUGAUGAGCCUGAAGAGCCAGUGGUUGCUGUGUCCUCCCCUGUGGCACCACCACCUACCAAGGUAGUAGCUCCACCUUCAUCUAGUGACAGCAGCAGUGACAGCUCCUCAGACAGUGACAGUUCAACUGAUGACUCUGAGGAGGAGCGAGCUCAGCGGCUGGCAGAGCUUCAGGAACAGCUCAAGGCAGUUCAUGAGCAACUUGCUGCACUCUCCCAGCCUCAGCAAAACAAACCAAAGAAAAAAGAGAAAGACAAGAAAGAGAAGAAGAAAGAGAAGCACAAAAAGAAGGAGGAAGUGGAAGAAAACAAGAAAGGCAAAGCAAAGGAACCACCUCCCAAAAAGGCAAAGAAAAGUAACAGCAGCAACAACAAUGCCAGUAGCAAGAAGGAACCUAUGCCUGUGAAAAACAAACCCCCUCCCACUUAUGAGUCUGAAGAAGAGGACAAAUGUAAGCCAAUGUCUUAUGAAGAGAAGAGACAGUUGAGUUUGGACAUUAACAAGCUUCCUGGUGAGAAGCUGGGUAGAGUUGUCCAUAUCAUCCAGUCCCGGGAACCCUCACUGAAAAACUCCAACCCAGAUGAAAUUGAAAUCGACUUUGAGACAUUGAAACCUUCUACCUUACGAGAACUAGAGCGCUAUGUCACUUCAUGUUUGCGGAAAAAGAGGAAACCUCAAGCUGAGAAAGUGGAUAUGAUUGCGGGGUCCUCUAAGAUGAAGGGAUUUUCAUCUUCAGAGUCUGAGAGCACCAGUGAAUCCAGCUCUUCUGACAGUGAUGAUUCAGAAACAGAAAUGGCACCAAAAUCCAAAAAGAAAGGGCAUCCUGGACGGGAACCAAAGAAGCACCACCAUCACCACCAUCAGCAGGCACCACAACAGCAGCCUCCGCCACCAACGACCCAACUGCCACAACAGCAGCCCCCAGCCCAGCAGCCGCCGCCACCACCACAGCAACCCCUACCACCCCCAGCCCCUCCCUCAAUCCCUCAGCAGACAGCCCCACCGAUAAAAUCUUCCCCGCCUCCCUUCAUCCCUGCCCAGGUGCCAGUCCUCGAGCACUCACUCCCAGGGAGUGUCUUUGACCCCAUCACCCACUUCGCCCAGCCAAUCAUACACCUCUCCCAAACGGAGCUGCCUCCCCACCUCCCUCAGCCACCUGAGCACAGCACUCCGCCUCAUCUCAACCAGCAUGCAGUAGUUUCUCCUCCAGCUUUGCACAAUGCUCUGCCCCAGCAGCCAUCAAGGCCUAGCAAUCGAGCUGCUGCCCUGCCCCCCAAGCCAGCCCGUCCCCCAGCUGUGUCACCUGCACUCUCUCAGCAGCCCCUUCUCCCUCAGCCACCUAUGCCUCAGCCGCCCCAAGUCCUAUUAGAGGAUGAAGAGCCACCUACCCCACCUCUCACUCCCAUGCAGAUGCAGAUAUACCUACAACAGCUACAGAAGGUGCAGCCAACCACACCUCUCCUCCCUUCUGUGAAGGUGCAAUCCCAACCUCCCCCUUCCCUACCACCUCCAGCCCAUCCUUCUGUGCAGCAACAGUUGCAGCAGCAGCAGCAACAGCAGCAGCAGCAGCAGCAGCAGCAGCAGCAGCAGCACCAACCCCCACCACGGCCCAUGCACAUGCAGCCCAUGCAAUUUCCUCCCCAUAUCCAACAGCCACCCCCUCCUCCCCAGCAACCACCUCACCCACCUCCGGGGCAACAGCCACCACCACCACAGCCAGCCAAGCCUCAGCAAGUCAUCCAACACCAUCCUUCACCACGGCACCAUAAGUCUGACCCCUACACAACCAGUCAUCUAAGAGAAGCUCCCUCCCCACUCAUGAUGCAUUCCCCCCAAAUGCCACCGUUCCAGGGGCUAGCUCACCAGUCUCCACCACAGCAAAACGUCCAACCCAAGAAACAGGAGCUUAGAGCAGCCUCAGUAGUGCAGUCCCAACCCCUGGUGGUAGUGAAGGAGGAGAAGAUCCAUUCACCCAUCAUCCGAAAUGAGCCUUUUGGCCCCUCCCUACGACAGGAUCCUCCCAAGCAUCCUGAGAACAUCAAGGCCCCUGUCCACAUUCCUCAACGGCCUGAAAUAAAGCCAUUAGAUGUGGGCAGACCUGUGAUCCGGCCUCCUGAACAGAGCGCACCCCCACCUGUGGGACAAGACAAGGACAAACAGAAGCAAGAGCCCAAAACCCCAGUUGCUCCCAAAAAGGAUCUCAAGAUUAAGAACAUGGGCUCCUGGGCCAGCCUAGUUCAGAAACACCCCACUACUCCAUCCUCCACAGCCAAGUCAUCUAGCGAUAGCUUUGAACAGUUCCGCAGAGCUGCCCGAGAGAAGGAGGAGCGCGAAAAGGCCCUUAAAGCCCAGGCUGAGCAUGCUGAGAAGGAAAAAGAGCGGCUUAGACGGGAACAAGAGAGAAUGAGGAGCAGGGAAGAGGAAGAUGCCCUGGAACAGGCUCGGCGGGCUCAUGAAGAAGUUCGGAGGCGUCAGGAGCAGCAGCAGCAGCAGCGAUCAGAGCAGCAGCAGCCCCCAGUGGCUGCAGCCUCCUCAGCUCCCCAAGCACAAAGCUCUCAGCCCCAGGCCUCCCAGUCCAUGCUGGAUCAACAGAGGGAGUUGGCCAGGAAACGGGAACAAGAGCGAAGGCGCAGGGAGGCGAUGGCAGCUACCAUUGACAUGAAUUUUCAGAGUGAUCUUUUGGCAAUAUUUGAAGAGAAUCUUUUCUGAUAGCGCCUGGGUUUCUUCUGACUCUGAUUUUCUGGCAAAACUGACUCUGCCUAGUGUUACUGGUGGCUGGGAGGGGGUGUCCCUUGGGCCCAGCCCUUGUGCAUGUUCCACCCAUCGUGGGUCUGUCAGCCAAGGAUCAGCAGAGUCUGCCUUACCGUUGGACUUCCCCACCCCCUGCACACACUGAAGUCAGACCCAACCUCAAGCAAGCGCUGGACCAGGUGGUUCUUAGGCAUGAAUGAGGUCGUCCUCUAUGCCAGACGUAUUCACAGUAUAUCCAGGAUGUCACAUUCUUUACCAGUUUUCUAACCAUGAGAAGGAGCCCCACCCAGGGCCCUGUCUCCUUCCUUGGUAUCAGCUACUACUUAUCUCUACCCCACACUGUAAGAACAGGGGUUGCAGAGGUAGCCCAUGGAGAGCAGGAGCCCCACCCGUGUUGUUGGGAUUGGGGGGGAGGGGAAAUGACAGUUGGGACCAGUCCCCAGCUGCCUAAAGUCCCUAGUCACUGGCUUUGCCUUGAACAGAGUCCCACCCUGCCCUCAUCCCCUUCGAGCCUUUAACCGAGAGCCGUUCUCUGUAAGUGUUCGCUUGUGAAAAAGGGAAUAGUCCAGUGGAGGUGUGUGAGUGUCCAUGGCCAUUUGGAGUGAGGUGGUCGUCGUAGCACGCGUGUGUGGAGGCCUCGCCUGGGAGCGAGACUACCAACCAAAGUCAGUUCCUUUCCGCCUUUGUUUUUUGUUUUGUUUUGUUUUGUUUUUUUCUUUCUGCCUUCUUUUCUGUUCUUUUUAAAUUUUAUUUUUAAUUUUCCUUCAGACACAAAGGCACUGCUUAACUUGGAAUGGGUGUUAUCGUCUCUCCUUUGAGUGGUGGCAAUGGGGGUGGGGGGAGGGGGCGCCGCACUGUGGGUAGUGUGUGACCGUGGCUGUAUUGUAUAGUGAAUAUAGUUGGCAUAUAUUUGUUUGAGGUUUGUUGGUGACUCCACCAAACUUGGUGUAAAAAAAAA